UUUGGUUGUGCAGAAACUUGUUUUGAAUUCGCAGGUUUCCCCCUACCAUUCUACCAGCUUUCCUCAAGUAAAGUGUUUCAGUAGCUUAAGUUUAAUUUCACUUUUUGCCUCUGGCAUUAGACAUGGCUUCGGAACGGUACAGUUUUUCACUGACGACGUUUAGUCCCUCGGGAAAGCUCGUUCAGAUUGAGUACGCACUCAAUGCUGUGACAGCUGGAGCUGCUUCUGUGGGUAUUAAAGCGACAAAUGGAGUGGUUUUGGCUACAGAAAAGAAACAGAAGAGCAUUCUUAAUGUGGAGCACUCGACAUUCAAGGUGGAGAUGAUCGCGGAUCAUAUUGGGAUGGUAUAUUCGGGUUUGGGCCCAGAUUACCGUUUGCUUGUGAAACGGGCCCGAAAAAUUGCCCAACAGUACUGGUUAACAUAUGGAGAGUCUAUUCCUACCACGCAACUCGUCCAAAAGGUGGCACACAUUAUGCAAGAGUAUACGCAGUCUGGCGGGGUGAGGCCGUUCGGCGUCUCGUUACUUAUCUGCGGGUGGGACAACGAUCGGGGAUAUCUAUUCCAGUGUGAUCCUAGCGGAGCGUACUUUGCCUGGAAGGCGACAGCGUUAGGAAAAAAUAACGUCAACGGAAAGACAUUUCUAGAGAAAAGGUACAGCGAAACCGUUGAACUUGAGGAUGCCGUACACACCGCAAUUCUGACGCUAAAAGAAGGAUUUGAAGGACAAAUGACUCAGGACAACAUUGAAAUAGGAAUAUGUGACGCUAACGGUUUCCGCCGCUUAUCACCAUCCCAGGUCAAUGACUAUCUUGCCAAUAUCCAGUGAUUUCGCUUUCCUGCCUCAUCGAUCGUGGAGUCGCCGGUCGGAACUAACGGACGUUACCUCGUUCCUUCGGGGCCUUUUCGUCUUGCAGUGUUGACGGCCUGAAGCUGGCAGGUGCCGGCCCUUUUUCUAGAGAGGUCGUCUUCGAUGUGUAUUCUUGGAGUUUUCCGAGAUAAGUAACCGACGCAAAGCGUGAGAUGGCGAAGUUGGUAUGAUUCUCGAAAUUGCGGUUAUUACUGUUUCAAUAAAAGUGCAGCAGACCAGCAUAUUUUGUUUA